AUGAAAGGAGGUGGAUUUUAUAAAGGAACGAGUAGUGAACAGACUCCAUUUUUUGUUGAUAAGGAAAAGAAGUUGAUUGAAAAAUUAUCGUGGCCGGAUAUUUAUAACUAUAAAAUAAAUAUAAAUAAAAUCAAUUUUGAUAUAGUAGAAAAAUGGGUACAAAAAAGAUUAAUCGAUUUAUUAGGAUUUGAAGAUGAUAUAUUAUGUGACUAUUGCAUAUCUCAACUUAAGGAUGAACAAAACGGAAGAGAUUAUGAAGAGAAUCGUUACCUGGAUUCAAAGAAGUUGAAAAUAAAUAUCACUGGGUUCAUAGGGAAUAAAAAAAGCGACAUAUUUAUUAGAGAAUUGCUAGAAUUAUUAAUAGAAAAUGAAAAAAAUGAAGAAAGAAUUUUAAAAUCUCAACUUGAAAAUAAAAAAAGCGAAAUGGAAUCAGCUAAAAAUGAAACUGUAUCUAUAACAAAAAAUAUAAAAACUUUAAAAAAUAUAUAUAAUGGAAAUGAUGAAAAUUGUGAGAAUAAAAAUCAAAAUAUAUCUAUAAAUUUUAUAAAAGAUAAAAUGAAACGAGAAAACAGAUAUAGAAAAAAUGAACGUACUAUUAUAUCAUCUAACGAAAGUGAUAAUAUAUCAUAUAAUAAAAAAAAAAAAAAAAAAGAAAAAAAAAAAUCAAUCUCACUGCAAUCCGAUUCUUCAUCAUUUAGUACUUAUACAAAUAAAAAAAAUUAUAAAAGACAAUUAAAUAAACACAAUAAUAAAGACUCUGAUUCUGAUACAGAUUCUACUCCUAUUUCAUCAUCUGAAAGUAAAUCCUCUGAAUAUAAAAAAAAAAAAAAAAAACGAGAAAAAUAUUUAAAAUAUGAAAAAAGUGACAACGAUGAUCACAGAAGAGACCAUGUAGUAAGGAAAAGAAAAGGCAUAAGAGAAAAUGAAAGGAAAAAGGAUAGUGGAAGGCAUAGAAACAGACACAGAACUAGAGAUCGAAUCAGAUGUAGAAGUAGAAAUAAACAUAAAGGACUAAUUAGGCACAGAAGUAGAGACAUAAGUAGAGAUAGAAGAAGAAGGAGAUACCGUUCUAAAUCUAGGGAAAGCAAUAAAUCGAGUGAGUCGUAUUAUAGUGAAGAAAAUUAUAGAUCAUCAUCGAGUAACAGUGACAAAAGUGAUGAAAUAAAAAAAGAAAGAAAAUUAGACAACCAUUCAAAUGAUUCAAAUAAAUCUGACUCUGAUGACAGUAGUAAUAAUUCAUACCAACCUUCUGAAUCAUCAUCAAAUUGA